CACAACCACUAACUCCUGCAGUACAACCAGUAACUCCUGCAGCACAACCAGUAACUCCUGCAGCACAACCAGUAACUCCUGCAGCACAACCAGUAACUCCUGCAGCACAACCAGUAACUUCUGCAGCACAACCAGUAACUCCUGCAGCACAACCAGUAACUCCUGCAGCACAACCAGUAACUCCUGCAGCACAACCACUAACUCCUGCAGUACAACCAGUAACUCCUGCAGUACAACCAGUAACUCCUGCAGCACAACCAGUAACUUCUGCAGCACAACCAGUAACUUCUGCAGCACAACAGUAACUCCUGCAGCACAACUAGUAACUUCUGCAGCACAACCAGUAACUCCUGCAGCACAACCAGUAACUUCUGCAGCACAACAGUAA